GGCUCCACGGAGGGAGCUCAACAUGGGAUUCCAUCCCGGGACCCCAGGAUCACACCCUCGGCCAAAGGCAGGCAGUAAACCGCUGAGUCACCAAGGGAUCCCCUGAAGACAGGUUUUGAACUCAGACCUCCAGGAUGUUCUAGGCCACUGCUACUCUGCCUGCGGGGGGAGGGGGGCAGGAGUGGGGGUGUAAAGUAUUCGAAAGUGCUUCUGUAACCAGUCUGAGCACCACUUUCAACUGAGUAUGGUUUGAGGGCUGUGAGCGAUCCUGCAAAGACUCCCAGAAGGAUCCUGGCAGCUGGGAGCCCCGCCCUGUUGUUAUCAGAGCCCCCAGACCCGCAGGCCUCCCCACAACUCCCCCUAGUUUCCCUCCGGUCUCCUCCUCCACUGAUCCACUCACCUUCUCUCACCACCACACCCAGGCCAUGGCCUUGGUUCUGCAGCUGCUGCUGUUGCUCCUGUUGAGGGUCCAGGGGGACCCCGGGGCCUCACUGGACGGCCGCCCUGGAGACCGAGUGAAUUUCUCCUGCGUAGGCGUCUCGCAUCCCAUCCGCUGGGUCUGGGCGCCCAGCUUCCCUGCCUGCAAGGGCCUGUCCAAGGGACGCCGCCCAAUCCUGUGGGCCUCAUCGAGCGGGAUCCCCACUGUGUCUCCCGUCCAGCCAUUUGCUGGUCGCCUACGUGCCCUGGACCCUGGUAUCCGGUGGCUAGAGCUGCUCCUGAGCGCGGGGGACUCAGGCACCUUUUUCUGCAGGGGCCGCCACGAGGAAGAGAGCCGCACGGUGCUUCACGUGCUAGGGGACCGGGCAGAUUGCAAGGCUCCAGACCACGGGUCCGUGUAUCCCCAACUCCUGAUCCCCCUGCUGGGCGCUGGGCUGGUGCUGGGACUCGGGGCGCUGGGCGUGGUCUGGUGGUGGCGCAGACGAUCACCUCCGCAUCCGCCUCGACCACUCCCCAGAUUUGCUCUGUCUCCCCCAUAUAGAGCCACUAGUGAAAGUCGACUCCCAGAGGCCAGUAAAGGAGGAGGAGCCUAAGAUGGCAGGGGACCUGGACCAGGAGCCGAGCCUGCUCUACGCAGACCUGGACCAUUCGGCCCUCAGAAGGCCACUACGGUUGUCGCCAGUGGUUCCUGCUGAUGCCUCCACCAUCUAUGCAGUUGUAGUUUGAAGGGAAGCCCUUAUUGUAAACCUCACAAGCUGGAGGUUCUCCACAACUCCCGGCCCCUUCCUGGUCCCUCACCUGGAAAAGGAAUGCACCGCGAGAUAGAACUGAGCACUAGCUUGAGUCAGGAACCCUGAGUUCCAGGCUAUCUCUUUGCCACUGAUCUUGCUCCUUCAGUUACCUCAUCUCUCCUAUAACCUUCACGUCUCCUUCACCACCAGUGCCCUCUCUAAACCUGAUCAAACCCUGUCUCCCCAUAAGAUAUCAAUCAACAAGUUCUAGAUGUCCUGUUUCUUCCCUUCCCUCCAGUCCAGCUCUUUGAGCCAGGAGCCUACACCUUUUCUUCCCCGUCACUCCACUCCCCCUGAGGUUGCCAGUCAGGUCCUAAUGGUCACACCCAGUAGAUUUAUGGGCUUGGUCUUCGAUUAUUUUCUUCUUUAAGCUGUUUUUCUUUAAGGCUGGUGUCUUCCUUUUGGAAAAACUCUUCUUCCUCGCUCCCUACUGCCUUGCUAUUCUCCACCAUUCUAGGAUUGUCCUUUCCUUUAUCUGACUUCCUCUCUCCUGGAAACCUGUCAUCCACAGCCAGUCCUCAGCCCUUACCUCUGCAAACAACCCUCUGAAUUCUCUCCAGCUCAGAUCUCGAGUAAUGGGAUUUCCUAUCUAUCCCUGGGACAUCCCUGCCUAGUCAGCAGUAGGCAUUUUGCACACAGCAUUGUCACUCACUUAAUCCUCCUCUGCAUUCUCCCUUAAUCAACCAGUUGCCUAAGCCAGAAGCUGGGAGUCAUGUAGACCUCCUUCUGCUCACUCCCACACAAUGAACCAAGUCCUGAAAUCCAUACCCUUCUUCACACCAAUUCAGCUGGCUGCCACUUGAAUAUACUCUCCUCAUUUCUUCCCUGGGUUACUCAUUGCCUCACCUCAUCUUCUUGUCCGUGCCCUCCUCCCUGAAGCCAGAGAGAUCCUCCCCAAAUGUUAACCUUCUCACAGCCUGUAUUCCAGAGCUGUGGUAUUUCUUCAGUUCGGGACCCAUGGGCCUUGGCUUUGGGUACAAGGUGCUGGCAGCACUCUCCCUACUCUCCAGGCUUGCUUUGUCACUCCACAUUCACACAACAUGCCAACCUUGGAGUGAUUCUCCCCAGCCUCCAAAUAUGCCUUUGACACAGUGCAAGUCCUUCUUCCUGGAUCACCCUUUUUCCUCCUCCCCACUACCGUCCUGGCCAAUUCUUUAUCCCCAGGACUCAGUUGAAAUAUAGCCGUUUCUGGGAAGGCAUUCCUGAUCCUCUUUGCCUACCCCUGCAUAUAUUUUGAUGCUGUAGGAAGUCUCCUUAUUCAUCUCAUAGCAACACCCUGUGAAUUGUUCUAUCACAACCUGUAUUUCAAUUUCAAUGUACUGUUGAGUUCCCUGAUAUCAAGAGACUGACUCUUUUUUUAUAUUACUGCUAAGCCUCAGUAAACGAGUGAAUGAAAAUUCA